AUGAUGUAUGAAUUACAACAACGAUUAGAUCAUUACAGCUACAGGAAGAGUCCUGGUGACCGUUCGUAUGUUUUUUUGCAGCAAAAAUCUCCGUCUGGAGACCCAUCACAGUUGGAUUCAAUGCUUGGCACGCUACAAAGCGACAUGUCAAAGCACGGAAUCAGUACGAUUCCAAAAGGUGAUUGUGCGGCGUGCGGUAAAUCAAUUGUAGGUCAAGUGGUAAUAGCGUUAGGAAAAAUGUGGCAUCCCGAGCAUUAUGUAUGCUGUCAGUGCGGUGAAGAGCUAGGACAUCGAAAUUUCUUCGAGCGAUCAGGAAAAGCGUACUGUGAAAACGAUUAUCAUGAUAUGUUUUCACCUCGUUGUGCCUACUGUAAUGGACCAAUUAAAGAUAGGUGUGUGACGGCUUUGGGUAAAACGUUUCAUGCUGAACAUUUUAUUUGCGCUGAAUGUGGACGGGAAUUCGGUAAUGAAGGCUUUCAUGAAAAGGUAACUGCGUACUGUAAAGAUGAUUUCUUCCGGAUGUUUGCACCGAAAUGUAGCGGUUGUGGUAAUCCGAUAAAGAUGAAUUUUAUUACAGCGUUGGACACUCAUUGGCAUCCCGAAUGUUUCGUAUGUCAGGAAUGCCAUCAGCCAUUCGAAACUGGUUCAUUUUAUGAUCAUAACGGUGUACCGUUAUGCGAAAAACAUUAUCACAAGAAGCGUGGUAGCUUAUGUGCAUCAUGCGGUGAACCGAUCAGUGGUCGCUGCGUAUCGGCGAUGGGUCAAAAGUUUCAUCCGGAACACUUUUGUUGUUCCUACUGUAGAAAGCAGCUCAACAAGGGAACUUUUAAGGAAGUGGACCAUAAACCGUUCUGUCAUAAAUGUUAUCAAACAACGCAUGCUUAA